AACCCUAAAAAAAACCACACGGCCUCGCCGCCUCUCUCUCACCUCCACCGCGAGCUCGCGCUCCCCUCCCCGUCCCCGGCAAGCCAUGGCGUCGCGCCUCCGUUCCUUCGCCCGCCCGGCCGCCGCGGCCUUCCUCCGCUCCGCAGCCAGCCGGAGCCCCGCCGCUUCCCUCCCCCGCUCCCUCGCUCCCGUCCCCAGGGCUCCGGCCGUGGGGCGGCUGAUGGCGCUGGCGCGGUCGCUGCAGCCGCUGCACAGCGCGGUCUCGGCGGCGCGGCUGACGUCGCGGCUGGGGGCGGAGGUAGCCCGGGCCGUGUCGCAGGGUGAUGUCUGUCCUUCCUGGUGCUCAGGAGUUGUUUCGCUGGAGAUUGGGCUUCAUUUUAUCCACUAGAUUUGGAGACGGGGCUCAGUGUCCCUCGAUAAUGAAAGGUACUGCUCCAGAUGGCAGCAGCAGCAGCAGAUAUUUGCAAGACUUGGUUAUCUUCAAUAAUCAUUUUUGUUAAAUCAUUACCUUAUGUAUUAUUCAGGGGCACCUACUUUAUGCUAUAUACUAGUGGCGCACGUUUGACCUUGAACCUUCCUGGUAACAGUUUUUCGUUUGAAUUCCAUUUGAGCUCAAGGUUUCAGAGACAUAGUUGUCUUUUGUAAACAUACUGGUCGAAUUGGGCCAAUUGCUGUUUUCGUCCAUCUCAAGAGCUAACCUAGUUGAUAUCCUCAAUGGUCU